AUGGUCUCUGCACCCUGUGUCCAGUCUCUGCACCCUAUUCCCAGUCCCUCUGCACCAUACGCCUGGUCUCUGCACACUAUGCCCUAUGUCCAGUCAUGUUAUGUUAUUAGCAUGCCUAUAUCUAUGGUUCAGGCACAUCCACCCCUAUGCCUGGUCUCUGCACCCUGUGCCCGGUCUCUGCACCCUGUGCCCAGUCUCUACACCAUGUGCCCAGUCUCUGCACCCUAUUCUCAGUCCCUCUGCACCCUGUGCCCAGUCUCUUCACCCUGUGUCCAGUCUCUGCACCCUAUUCUCAGUCCCUCUGCAUCCUGCCCAGUCACUGCACCCUGUGCCCGGUCACUGCACCCUGUGCCCAGUCUCUGCACCCUGUGCCCGGUCACUGGACCCUAUGCCUGGUCUCUGCAUCCUAUGCCCCUAUGUCCAGUUAUGUUAUUAGCAUGCCUAUAUCUAUGGUCUCUGCACCCUGUGCCCAGUCUAUGCACCCUAUUCCCAGUCCCUCUGCACCCUGUGCCCGGUCUCUGCACCCUGUGCCCGGUCUCUGCACCCUGUGCCCGGUCUCUGCACCCUGUGCCUGGUCUCUUCACCCUGUGUCCAGUCUCUGCACCCUGUGCCCGGUCUCUGCACCCUAUGCCCCUAUGUCCAGUCUCUGCACCCUAUGCCCGGUCUCUGCACCCUAUGCCCGGUCUCUGCACCAUGUGCCCGGUCUCUGCACCCUAUGUCCGGUCUCUGCACCCUGUGCCCGGUCUCUGUACCCUGUGCCCGGUCUCUGCACCCUGUGCCCGGUCUCUGCACCCUAUGCCCCUAUGCCCAGUCUCUGCACCCUGUGCCCAGUCUCUGCACCCUAUGCCUGGUCUCUGCACUAUAUGCCCCUAUGUCCAGUCUCUGCACCCUAAGCCCGGUCUCUGCACCCUGUGCCCGGUCUCUGCACCCUGUGCCCGGUCUCUGCACCCUGUGCCCGGUCUCUGCAUCCUGUGCCCGGUCUCUGCACCCUGUGCCUGGUCUCUGCACCCUAUGCCCCUAUGUAGUCUCUGCACCCUAUGCCCGGUCUCUGCACCCUAUGUCCGGUCUCUGCACCCUAUGCCCAGUCUCUGGAAAGGUGAGUGGCUGAGUAUGGGACAGACAAUAGCCAAUGAUUAA